GGGAGCUCAGCAGUAGUGAAUGCACUCUACAAGUCACCAUGCCGGGUGAAGGUGGAAGUGUUGCCCCCUCCUCCCCCGGUUCCCCCCAUCCCCCCCAGCACUCUCCCUGCCACCUCACUGAGCCGGUGACCCAGUCUGUGGCCCCUGCACUGGUGGAGGAAGCAGUUGGGCAGGAGGUCGAAAUGGAGGAGCCUCAGAAGAGCAAAAACCUGGAGCAACUGAACCUUACCAACUCGUCAAGCCUGGUAGGGGGUUCGUUGUUCUCCCGCAGCAUGCUGGAGGUGCAGGAGGACAAUGACCGACCUGGGGGGAGUACCUGGGAGCAGAGACCCAGGCGGCCCUCGCAAGGCUCCAACCUCUCCUCUAGCAGUUCAGAGGAACUCAACUACUCUGCACCUUCGCCUCGCACCUUCUGGGAGAGACGAAGCAAAGUGAAACCUGUCAUUGGCGCUCCAGACCUAGUGAUGGACUUACCUGUCACACCCUUGUCAUCUUCCCCCAAAGAGCAAGGAGGCACCAGUCCUAGGUUCCGUCGCACACACCACCUCCACCGCGAGAGCCAAAGUUACGAGAGUUCCUCAUCUUCUGGGGGUUCCUCACCU